UUUCAUCUGAAUGGAAUGCAUAAGCCUGGUGAUGUGAUUCUGGGUGGAUUGUUUGAAGUUCACUACACAUCUGUCUUCCCUGAGCUGACUUUCACCUCAGAGCCAAACCCACUCAGCUGUCAAGGUUUUGACCUUCCAGGGUUCAGACAUGCCAUGACCAUGGCCUUUGCUAUUGAUGAGAUCAACAAAAACACUAAUCUGCUGCCUAAUGUGACUCUGGGAUACAGUCUGUAUGAUAACUGUGCCACACUUGUAAUUGGAUUCAGUGCUGCAUUGACCCUGGCCAGUGGUCGAAAGAAGGACUUUCUUCAAAAGGAAACCUGUUUGGGGACCCUUCCGGUCCUGGGAAUUGUGGGUGAUUCCUUCUCAACAUUUUCUAUCGCCACCUCUGAUGUGAUAGGUUUAUUCAAAUUACCCAUUGUGAGUUACUUUGCCACAUGUUCCUGCCUCAGCAAUCGUCAAAGGUUCCCGUCAUUUUUUAGAACAAUACCAAGUGACGCUUUCCAGGUGCGUGCCAUGAUUCAGAUACUGAAACACUUUGGUUGGACUUGGGCAGGUCUGCUCAUCAGUGAUGAUGAUUAUGGAGUCCACGCUGCCCGAUCCUUUCACUCUGAUCUGGGUCCAGCUGGUGGAGGUUGCCUGGCUUACACUGAGCUUUUGCCCUGGGGUGACAACCCUGCUGAACUAAGGAGAAUAGUGGAUGUGAUGAGGAAAUCUACAGCUCGAGUGGUGAUUGUGUUUGCACAUCAGAUCCACAUGAUCUAUCUAAUGGAAGAGGUGGUGAGGCAGAAUGUGACAGGCCUGCAGUGGAUGGCCAGUGAAGCCUGGUCAUCAGCUGCUGUGCUCCAGACUCCUCACCUCAUUCCGUACCUGGGUGGAACACUGGGCAUAGCCAUCCGUCGAGGAGAAAUACCAGGGCUCAGGGACUUCCUGUUACAAAUAAGUCCUGACCUACAUCACAACAACACAGAUGGAAACAGCAUGGUGAAUCAGUUUUGGGAACACACAUUUCAGUGUAGAUUUGCACCACCUCCCGCAGGUUGGGUGGAAGCUGGAGGAGAAUUGUGCACUGGACAGGAAGUUAUAGAGAAUGUGGAGUUUCCAGAUGUUUCUAACUUGAGGCCUGAGUACAAUAUUUACAAGGCGGUGUACGCUCUGGCGUAUGCCCUUGAUGACAUGCUGCGCUGUGUGGCAGGGACCGGACCUUUUAUUGGACAUGGCUGUGCUACUUUGCAAACAGUGGAGCAAUGGCAGCUCAUGUAUUACUUGGAAAAAGUCAACUUCACCACAACAUUUGGUGAUCAAGUGUCAUUUGAUGAGAAUGGUGAUGCCUUACCAAUAUAUGACAUCAUGAACUGGGUGUGGCUCCCUGAUGGAAGAACUAAAGUUCAGACAGUGGGUGAGGUUAAGAGGUCAGCCUUCAAAGGUGAAGAACUCACACUGGAUGAAGACAAAAUAUUCUGGAACCUUGAAUCCAAACAGCCUCCACGCUCAGUGUGCAGUGAGAGCUGUCCUCCAGGCUCCCGCAUGGCCAGAAAGAAGGGGAAACCUCUGUGCUGUUUUGACUGCAUCCUUUGCUCUGAGGGAAAGAUCAGCAAUCAGACAGACUCCAUGGAAUGCACCAGUUGUCCAGAAUAUUUCUGGUCCAGCCCCCAGCGUAACCACUGUGUUCCCAAGAAAACAGAGUUCCUCUCCUACCAUGAGCCUCUGGGUAUCUGCUUGACAACCACCUCACUGUUGGGCACAUUUAUCUGUAUUGUUGUUCUGGGCAUCUUCAUCCAUCAUCGCAGCACACCUAUAGUUCGUGCCAACAAUUCAGAACUCAGUUUUCUUCUCUUGGUGUCACUCAAAUUGUGUUUCUUGUGUUCAUUGCUCUUCAUUGGACGACCCAAAUUAUGGACUUGUCAACUAAGACAUGCAGCAUUUGGCAUCAGCUUUGUGCUUUGUGUCUCAUGUAUCCUGGUGAAAACCAUGGUGGUUCUGGCUGUGUUCAGGGCCUCCAAACCAGGAGGUGAGUCCAGUCUCAAGUGGUUUGGUGCUGUGCAGCAGAGAGGGACAGUUCUGCUUCUGACUUCUGUUCAAGCAGCAAUCUGCACUGCCUGGCUUGUAUCUGCUUCACCAGUACCUCAUAAAAACACCCAGUAUCACAGUGACAAGAUAGUUUAUGAGUGCGUAGUUGGAUCCACAGUUGGUUUUGCAGUUUUACUUGGUUAUAUUGGUUUACUGGCUGUCCUCAGUUUUUUGUUAGCUUUUCUAGCAAGGAAUCUUCCAGACAGUUUCAAUGAGGCCAAACUCAUCACUUUCAGCAUGCUGAUCUUCUGUGCAGUGUGGGUGGCCUUUGUCCCUGCUUACAUCAACUCUCCAGGCAAAUAUGCAGAUGCAGUGGAGGUAUUUGCCAUCCUGGCCUCCAGUUUUGGCCUCUUGGUGGCGCUGUUUGGACCAAAAUGUUAUAUAAUCCUCUUGAAACCAGAGAGAAACACAAAAAAUGCCAUCAUGGGCCGAGGUACUACACAAUGA